AUGAAUACUCACAAAGUGGAACCACCAAAACGUAAAAUUCAAAUAAUUGACGCUCUACCGCAAAGACCUUUUAAAAUCCCAAAGCGGACAACAAGGGUGGAUGAUGAAAAACACAACACUAUACCAUUUGGACGACUUUUCAAGGGACAGUUAGAGCAGUAUGCGAUUCCACCAGCUAUUAUUGACCUUGAGUUAAAUGAUGAUGACACGUCCAAGUUUGAGUCCAUCCGUGAAAAUUUUGGCGAUGCCAGAAUUUCUUCGAAUGUGUACAUUGAAAAAUUUAGCACAUUAAUACACAUGGAAGAAGCCGCUAAUUCAAAACAUCUGGCAACUUUCGACCUGCAGAACGUCCAAAUUUCGAUUCAUUCUAGGACGAGUCCUAUCCAAUUAUUUAAAUUCAGUCACGGUGAUUACCAAAAAUACUACAGAGCUUGGCGGAGAGGAACGAUCGUUGCAUUCACCGCGAAGCCAACCGGAAGCGAAGUAGAUACACUGCAACACAAUGCAUUAAAGUGGAUCAAGGAACACAAUUUAUUCUCGAUUCUCAUCGGUAACCCUCGAUAUGAGCUCACUUCCCCUCAGAAGCUAGACAGUGAAUACAGUUUCCAAUUUUGCGACGAAUUGAAUGAAGAGCAAAAAAACGCGGUAAAAUAUAUCGUUCAAGCCGAUAAGGAUUCAAAUCCAUUCAUUUUGUUUGGUCCACCGGGAACAGGGAAAACACGUACUUUGGUGGCCGCCAUAGCCGAGAUUGUAGCCAAAAGAGAAACUGCCGUUUUAGUUUGUGCACAAACAAAUGCUACAUGCGAUGAAAUAACGGAAAGACUCCUUGCUGUAACACAUAACAUUUCAUUAUUCAGAAUGUAUGCCAGAUCUUACAGUAAAGAGAAACUCAGCGCCAAAAUUAGCACAGUAUGCAACUUCAAAGCUGGCGAGUUCCAAUUUCCAUCAUUAGAAUAUUUGUAUAAGUAUCGCAUUGUAGUUUGUACCCUUCUGACUGCCGGCUUUUUGGUUGGAGCUAGAGGAGAUCCAAAUUUCAAUUCAUCUCAUUUUACCCAUGUAUUUAUCGAUGAAGCCGGAUGCAUAACCGAGCCAGUAUCUAUGAUUCCCAUUGCUGGUCUAUGCACUGAUUACGAAAAAGUCAACAGCGUUAUCGUCUUAGCUGGCGAUACGAAGCAGCUCGACGCCAUAUCGCUAUCGAAGUUUGCAGCCAAAUGUGGAUACCAAACUUCAUUCAUGGAGUAUUUGCAAAAUAGCAAACCAUGUUACCAGCUAGCUUCGCAAACAAACAACAUGAUCCAGUUGACAAAAAAUUAUCGUUCACAUCCAGAAAUUUUGAAGAUACCGAACAUACAAUUUUAUGAUGGCCUCUUAGAACCCAAAGCUGGAACAGGUGCAACCCAUCGAUUUAUUGGUAACGACCUUUUACCAAACAAAGAAUUUCCAAUGAUUUUCGAUAGUGUGAAGGGCGUUUGCAAACAGUCGCCAAAUUCCACCACAUACUAUAAUGAAAAGGAAGCCGAGGCUGUCAUUGAAUGGGUCCAAAAACUGUUGGAUAAAAAAUGCACUGGAAUGGAGGUCACGCAGCGAGAUAUCGGAAUAAUAUCUCCCUAUCAUCGUCAAUGUGAGGUGAUUAGAGAAGAUUUAAUCAACAAUGGAUGUCCGGAUAUCACCGUUGGAAGUGCGGAAGUUUUUCAGGGUCAAGAGCGGCCAAUUAUGAUCAUAUCUACAGUACGGACUGAAAGUGACAAUUUGGAAUUUGUCACAAAUCCAAGGGUGGAAUGA